UCUCGGCGUGUAUUUUGCUUGCGGGCGCCGUCAUGAACCCCGAGAGCUUCGCGGCGGGCGAGCGGCGAGUUUCGCCGGCUUACGUGAGGCAGGGCUGCGAGGCUCGGCGUGCCCACGAGCACCUCAUCCAGCAGCUUCUAGAGCAGGGCAAGUGUCCAGAGGAUGGCUGGGAUGACAGUACACUUGAACUCUUUCUGCAUGAGCUUGCAAUCAUGGAUAGCAACAAUUUCUUGGGUAAUUGUGGUGUGGGAGAAAGGGAAGGGAGAGUGGCCUCUGUUUUGGUUGCUCGUCGCCAUUACAGGUUCAUCCAUGGAAUUGGACGAUCUGGUGAUAUUUCUGCUGUGCAACCAAAAGCUGCAGGCUCUAGCCUCUUGAACAAAAUUACCAAUUCUUUGGUGCUUAAUGUCAUAAAGCUGGCCGGUGUUCAUUCAGUGGCCAAUUGCUUUGUAGUUCCUAUGGCAACCGGCAUGAGUCUAACCUUGUGUUUCUUAACAUUACGACACAAAAGACCAAAGGCGAAGUACAUCAUAUGGCCACGGAUAGACCAGAAGUCCUGCUUUAAGUCCAUGGUCACUGCAGGUUUUGAACCAGUCGUGAUAGAAAAUGUUUUGGAAGGCGACGAGCUGCGCACUGACCUGAAUGCAGUGGAGGCUAAAGUCCAGGAACUCGGGCCUGAUCAUAUUCUGUGCAUUCAUUCUACUACAUCCUGCUUUGCUCCAAGGGUGCCUGAUAGAUUAGAAGAACUGGCUGUGAUUUGUGCUAAGUAUGACAUUCCGCAUGUAGUCAACAACGCUUAUGGAUUACAGUCUUCCAAGUGCAUGCAUCUCAUUCAGCAGGGGGCUCGGGUUGGUAGAAUCGACGUUUUCGUUCAGAGCUUGGACAAAAAUUUUAUGGUUCCAGUAGGUGGUGCUAUAAUUGCUGGCUUUAAUGAUUCCUUCAUUCAGGAAAUCAGCAAGAUGUAUCCAGGGAGAGCGUCGGCUUCGCCGUCCUUAGACGUCCUCAUCACCUUGUUGUCACUUGGCUGCAGUGGCUACAAGAAGCUGUUAAAGGAAAGAAAGGAAAUGUUUGUAUAUUUGUCCACCCAACUGAAGAAAUUGGCAGAGACCUAUGAUGAAAGACUGCUGCAGACACCUCACAACCCUAUAUCUUUAGCUAUGACACUUAGGACACUAGAUGGACACCAUGACAAAGCUGUCACUCAACUUGGCUCAAUGCUUUUUACCAGACAAGUUUCUGGAGCCAGGGCUGUGCCUCUUGGGUCUGUGCAGACUGUGAGUGGCCAUACUUUCCAAGGCUUCAUGUCCCACACAGAUAAUUACCCUUGUGCUUACCUCAAUGCGGCGGCAGCCAUCGGGAUGAAGACACAGGAUGUGGACUCGUUCAUAAAGAGACUUGAGAAGUGCUUAAACACAAUAAGAAAAGAACAAAAAAAAGCAAGUGUUGUGUCUGGAGUUGACGAUUGUAACAGAGCUGGAGAUGUGGACAUUGAGGAAAUGGCUUUGAAAUUAGAUAGUGUGCUUGGUGACAAGGACCAACGACCUUCUUCAUGACACAGGUUUUGUUUUGUUUUUGUUUUUGUUUUUUUUGCUACAGUUUAUACAAGCACUUUAAAGGAUAUAUGUCAAAUUUUUGAAUUAAGAAUUUAUAGUGAAUGUUCCGUCCAGGAAGAGACUGGUCUGACGGUAGCCAUUGGUGAUUGCUGUUUUUUUAUCCUUAGAAUACCUCAGUCCUUAUGAUUCUUAACAGGUUAUAACAUGCAGUUGCAGUUAAUCUUUUCUGGUGGUUAUAUUACUUAAGCAACACAAUUCAGAUGAUUCUUACUAAUACAAACUGGAAAGUUACAUGUAAUUCUCAUUGAAAUACAGAGUGCUCUUUCUUAGCCAUUUUCCAGCAUUCAAAGAUUUCUUUUUUUUUCCUGAUCAUACAGAAUUGAGAAGGAUAUUUCUAGUGCUGCUAAAUACUAGGUGUUUGUUUAGCUGUCUCUAGGCCUAUAAAGGGAGUCCUUAAGGAAGCAGAGCCAAGACAUAAGCUUAAUGUAAACGUAAGGACAGUUGUUCUCACCCAGACUGGCUUGAUUAUACACAAGCAAUAUGGAAAGACCCCAAGUGGAUGCCAGUGACCCUAAAUGGUAGAAGUCAAAGGUUCUGCUCAACAUCUUACCUACUGCCGAACACAUGGUUUCCACAGAAGAAUUCUCCAAAUGUCAGUAGUGAUGUGGGUCAAGGAAGUGAGCCCCUCAGCCAAGUUGCUCUAUGAAGCAGCUUGGUCAUGUGCUGCCUCAUGGCAUUGCUGUUUGUGGUGGGCUGCAUAGAAGUCAGUAGUCCCAUGAAAUACAGUGCCUAGCGAUGUGAUGGCUCUCUAGGUUCAUUAAGUAAUGUAUCAUGCUGUUCACAGAUGUAUGAAAUCAGCUAAUUAUACAUUUUUUAGACCAUAGCUGAGUGAAAUGUGACUGCAUAUCAAAAAAAAAGAUAGCUCUGUGAAUGUUACCAAUUCUACUGCAUAGAGACUCUUGGGUAACAACCAGAAUCACUAGUUCUAAAUAAGUUGUUAUAAAUUGUUUUAUAUAAUACCUGCUCAUUUGUCCAUUUGGGCAACUGAAAACUAUUCCCCAACUGUCUUGACUUUAAGCAGCCUUUGUGAACUGACUGGUUCACUCAGGGAUUGUGCACAGCCAUCAUCAGGACUAGCUCAUAUGCCUGGCUUUGAAUAUGUUCUUGCUUAGGAGGUCAGAAUUAUACAGUACAGCAAACCUAUGUUUUAUAUAUAGGCAGAAAGAGAAUAUAUAGGUUUGUAGUACCGUGUGUGUGUGUGUGUCUGAAAUUCCAGGUCCAAUAGCUCUCUAACAGUGAUUUUUGUUAAUUUAAAACAGACAGACAGACUGGGGAAUUAGUGAAGCCUUUUGAAGACACCACCAUGCCAAAGUUGUAUUUCUCAGACCGGCUCUGUGGAGUGUCAUUCCACCCAAGACACAUGGGCAAAGCCGUCCAUGGAGAAACAAUUUAGGGGAAUGCCUUUGUAAAUUUGAUCAGUGUAUUAACUGCUGCAAGAGGGUUCCUUUAGUAAAGGUUGGCCUGCAUUUCCAAAGGGGAGCCAGUUCUCUGAAGUGAAACACUCAUUGCUGUCUCUUCAAUCAUACUCUUCCAACACAAUGGGCCAAAUGCAUUGACCUCUGGAUUCUAUUGCUUGUAUUAGUUGGCUGUGUGUGAAAAGGGGUCUUUCUUGUGCGCUGUCUUAGAGGGUUUAUAAAGGUGAGUUCAGCCAGAUGCUGAGUGUGUAAAUUGGGCUAUGUGAGCCACUGAUGAAGUCAAGGCUGACUGGCUGGCUGGAGAUAAAGAACUCACUUGCGGAUGUCUAGGUGAUUCCUAAGUAUAUUCUACACUCUGUGGACCAGACACUGAAAUGGCUCUUAAGUAGCUACAGUAACUCAUUACUUGGGAGCAGAUCCUGGAUUGAAAAGGUAUGUGCUCUUUUCUUGGUGGAUUCGGGACUACACUGUAGAUCUGAUGAAGCUACAGAGCCCAGUCUUCAGGAGCCAUUGAGGGUCAGAUGAUGCUGCCGACGGAAAUGCUGGCAGUGCAGCUUCCUACGCAUCAGGCCAAAAUGGUUUUCUAGAGCAACCGAUCUAUAUGGUGUGAUCAUCAUUUUGCUUAAGAAAGGCAAGAGUCCAGAGACCGAAGAUGCUUCCUCAUCUGCCGAGUAUCAGCAAUUCUUGGGCUUCAGCUGCUGAAUGGAUAAUAAUUCUAAUUGAAGAUAAAUUACAUGAGCUCACAUGUGAAUGAUAGAUAUGGUAUAACAGUUAUUCCUGGUGCAUAAAAUCUGCUGCAGUUCUGGUUUUUAACCCUUUCCUUUUUAAGUAGUUUUAAAUUCCAGCUCUGUUCCUCCUGGCUCCAAGCUGGACCCUAAAGUCACAGAACUCAGUUUUAUGAAAGAAUAAAACAGUUAUUUGCCA